AUGCACCCGUUGCUGCUGCUGUCCCCUCACACGGUGGAAAAGGCAGCCCAGAGAGACGAAGUGACCUGCCCGAGCCCCCGCUCCUCCUCGGCGCUGUGGCGGCCACGCUGUGCCGGGCAGGUCCUGCGGCGGUGGUGCUUGGUGCUCAUCGGGGACUCGGGCGUGGGCAAGAGCAACCUGCUGUCGCGCUUCACCCGAAACGAGUUCAACCUGGAGAGCAAGAGCACCAUCGGCGUGGAGUUCGCCACCCGCAGCAUCCAGGUGGACGGCAAGACCGUCAAGGCGCAGAUCUGGGACACGGCGGGCCAGGAGCGCUACCGCGCCAUCACCUCGGCGUACUACCGAGGCGCGGUGGGCGCCCUGUUGGUCUACGACAUCGCCAAGCACCUGACCUACGAGAACGUGGAGCGCUGGCUGAAGGAGCUGCGGGACCACGCGGACAGCAACAUCGUCAUCAUGCUGGUGGGCAACAAGAGCGACCUGCGCCACCUGCGGGCCGUGCCCACCGACGAGGCCCGCGCCUUCGCAGAAAAGAACAACUUGUCCUUCAUUGAGACCUCGGCCUUGGACUCCACCAACGUGGAGGAGGCUUUCAAGAACAUCCUCACAGAGAUCUACCGCAUCGUGUCCCAGAAGCAGAUCGCCGACCGCGCGGCGCAUGACGAGUCCCCCGGCAACAACGUGGUGGACAUCAGCGUGCCGCCCACCACCGACGGCCAGAAGCCCAACAAGCUGCAGCGGUCCAUCCUGAGCGGAGGCCCCUCGCUGCACGCCCUUCCUCACCCCAGGCCAGACCCCCGGCUGCACACCGAGCCGGAGGCCCGGGGACCUUGUUCCCUGCACUGCUGA